AUGGCUGUUAUUUCUAUUUUUGUUAUUUUUAUUUUAUUUAUUAAUUCAAUUUUUUGUAUAGGUGGAAUAAAUGAAUUGAAAUCAUUAACAGGAAAUCGUCCAUACAUGGGUUAUGGAAAUCCAACAUACGAAGAACGUGUAACAAAUUUACCAUUUUAUGAAGCAAGAAAUAAUGUAUAUGGUAAUGGAAUUCCUUAUCGUGUAGAAAUGGAUCAAGAUUAUGCACAAAAUAGAUAUACUUCUCAAAUGUUUUCAUAUCCUGAAAUGGUAAAUGAUGUUAGAUAUGUAAAUCUAAAUCAAUAUAGUAGAAUUCCAACAUUUUCUAAUUACAAUUUAAUUAACAACCCAUAUGGAAACCGUUUUUACAAAAGUUUUGACUUUUAA